AUGUCUAAUAAAAAGAUAUCUGAGAGACAGAAAAAGGAGGGGAAUUUAUCUCCAUCAGACAAUCAUUCAUAAGAUUCUACGUAGAGAGGGGAUUCAAUCAUUCCUAGCUUCUUGAAUCUAUUUAGAUUCUUUGUUCCUCGCUCAGAAAAAGAUUAAUCAGAAGAGUAUGACUUGAACAUAAAUAUGUUUAACAUUUAUUUUAGUUACUAUAUCAGAAAGGUAUUUGAUGAAAAGAUUCGAGGUUUACUACACUUCAAGGAGAGUGUAGAGUAAUCUUUCUAGAAGCUCUAAUCUCAACCAGAAAGAGAAUAAAAAUAAGAUUAAAUUGAAAAGGAAAAUUAGAGCUUCAGCCAAGAUAUUGGAAGACCACUAGUAGUUUAGAUUCACGAGAAAUAGCAUAAUUCAUAUUUGGCAGACAAUGCAGAUACUACAUCUUACAGAGGUCUUGUCAAUCUAUUGGUUCGUGACUACAUUAAGAGUGAAAAACUAUAUGAUCCAGCGAACUAUCAAACAGUCGCUGCUCUUAUCCUACUAUUGACCUUUCCAGCAUUUUCAUUUUGGAUUGAGAUUAUGGCUUCAACAAAGAUUAAGAGAGAAUUGGUUUAUGGGCUUAUAGUCCUGAAUCUUACUGCUAAUCUUGUCUAUCCAAUAGUCGCUAGUUGGUCAAUUCAUUCUCACCCUGCAGCUGCUACUCUUUUAAUGAUGUUUACUUGUGGAUAAGUCUUGAAGCUAAUUAGUUUCCAUCAUAUCAUGCAUGAUAAUAGAGUUAUGAUUAGAAGAUUAGAGAGAAAAAUUGGGGAUUCUGAUGAUUAAGUUGAGGAGAAUGUAUACAAUUUACCUCCAGAACAAUAGCAAGAAGCACUCAAGUACCCAAAUAACAUUAAUUUCAGGCACUAUGUGAGAUAUCUGGUCUCACCAACUUGCUGCUUCUAAUUCAGCUAUCCCUCAACAGAGAGAAGAAGAAUAGGCUACAUUAUCUAAAAACUAAUUGAAUUUAUUCUUCUUAACCUUCUUAUUGCAUAAUUAUUCUAUCAACAUAUGCUUCCUGUUGCUAAGGAAGCUGUUGUGCCACUUAGAGAAAGAGACUAUUUUAAAGUACUAUUCCUCACUUUAUAGAUGAGUGUUCCUGCUGCCUACUUAUGGCUUACUAUGUUCUACUCUUUCUUCCACUCUUAUAUGAAUAUGUGGGGAGAAAUAACAAUGUUUGCAGAUAGAAGAUUUUACAGUGAUUUUUGGAACGCAGGCGACCUUAAUGAAUACUGGAGAAAGUGGAACUUCCCCAUUCACAGUUUCCUUAUUAGACAUGUCUACUUCCCUUUAAGAAGAAGAAAGGUCAUCAAGCCAGUUGCACUUUUCUUGACUUUCUUUGUAUCCGCAAUCGCACAUGAGUACAUCGUAGUUGGAGUCUUUAGAGUGUUCAACUUUAUUGCCUUCUUCCUUAUGAUUGUCAAUGUUCCUAUAAUGGUGGUUCAUCCAAAUACAAACAACAUUAUUUUCUGGCUAGGAUAUAUCAUCUUAGGGCAACCAUUCGGAAUAAUACUUUGCUACUAUCAAUACAAUUACUGA